AUGUCUGCCUUGUCCCUUUUUUUGGUUGCUGUCAGGGACAGGGUCAAAGACUUUGUGGCCGAAAAGUUAGCCGAACUUGGUCUUGCCAACCGAGCUGUCGUUCUUGCCCCUGAUGCUCGCCGGCACACUGCAUGUGCGCCUUUAGCCUCUCCCCAGGUUCAGAAUGGCGCCACAGGCGAGGAAGCCUCGCAAACCAGUGCCCAGAAUGACCAGUCUGCCCCCGGUGCCCCUGGUCCCCCUGACUGGUUUAUCCAGCAGUUCGACCCCAACGCGGCGGUACUCCCGAGUCCCGGUUACCAGUGGUGCCAGGUCUAUCGCAUGUGGCUGAAAGGCAUUGCGGAGCACAGCACUCUGCACAACCACACUGGAGAUGGAAGGAUGAUUUGCCACCAAGGCGCACCAGAUGGUUCUCGCAGGAUCUGUGGUCAGCAGUAUCCUGACCCUAAGGCAAUGGACGCGCACAUCAUGCGUGACUAUGGGAUUAGGAACUUUAGCCCUUUCAAGCACGUGGCGGUGGACUCGGAGUAUGGCCAGGCUUUGCUUCGUGCUGUGGAGGGAGGGGCUAAUCAGUGA